AUGGAGGACUACGAUGAGCACAACAUCGAGGUUGCGCUCGUGGACAAGGAGCUCAUGCACAUCGUGUUUGGCUUCCUGGACUUCACCGACCUGUCCUCCGUGUCCGCCGUGUGCAGGCGGUGGCAGGUGCUGGCCAGGGCGGACGAGGUCAUGCGCGUGCUGGUCCAGGGUCGCGUUUUGUCCAUGGGCACGGCCGACCACACGGGCCUGGGCUACGCCCCCGCCGAGAGCAGCGAGCCCAAUCGGUGGCGCAUGAUCACUCGCCUCGCGCGGGAGACUAUCGUGCAGGUGGCCACCACGCCCGAGAUCUACGACAAGCACCACACCCUGGCCGUCACCGAGAAUGGGGCGGUGUACGCAUUCGGUGAUACGACCGACGACAAGCUCGGAUUCCAACACGGCUCGAACCCAUGCUAUGCGCCGCAGAUCGUCGCGGCGCUCGCGGACGAGAAAAUCGUCAAGCGUGGCACUGUCGACCAGAGGAACUGUUUUCACCUGGGGGGCAAUGGCCGUCUGGGCGAGCGGCAGGCGGAACGGGGCGAGAACGACUUUUCCUCCCGGAUGGAGCCUGCAGAAGUGACCCGAAUCGGUGGCGAUGAGAGCGUGCGACCGUUCAUCGUCGACCUGUGGUGCGGCAAGGCCGUCACGCUGCUGCUCGACCGCGACGGCCUCAUCAGGGGCAGCUUGGGCCGCGAGGCCUCGGGCGAUGGUGGUGGUCCAAUGCCGGUGGCGUUCCCACCGGGGGUCAGGAUCAAGUCGGCCGCCUACGGCGGCGGCCAUGGCCUCGCCAUCACCACCGACGGCCAGGUGUACUCGUGGGGCACGGGAUCUGCGCUGGGCCAUGGCGCCCCCGGCGAGUUGGACGGCCCCAACCCGCCCAGAUUGAUCGAAGCACUGGCCCACGCGAAAGUGGCGCAGGUGGCCUGUGGCCCGUUGCACUCGCUGGUGCUCACGGAGGACAACGUCCUGUACUCCUUUGGAUAUUCACAGGGCGGAAUACUGGGACACUCAGAAAGACCCGAUGACUCUGCGGUACCACAAGUGGUCGACGCGGUAGCCGGCCUCGGCACCAUCACCGCCAUCUCCGCGGCCUCUGGGCAAUCGGUGGUGCUGUUUGAGAGCGGCCGUGUGCUCGGGUUUGGCGAGUUCAAGGGGGAGCUCAAGAAGGAGAGCUGGCUUGUGCCGCGCAGCGUGUGCGCUGGUGCGGGUGGCGUGUUCCUUCUCUGCUGA